AUAUUCUUAUUAUAUUAUUACAAAUAGCACGUAUACAAGCAAUUAUUAUUGAACGAAAUCGUCAUCGAAAAGAUGAAUUAUCUAAACUUACUUAUAUACCACAACCACCAUUUAAUACUCGAGCUAAAUCACAUCAUUUAUCUGUACCAUUAUCGAAUAAUAAUGAAUCUGGAGCUCGAAUUGUUUUUUCAAAUUAUCGGCAAAAUAAUCGAAAUAUACAACCAGGUGAUGGUGGAUUUACCAAUAUGAAAAAUUUUAGUAAUGUUUAA